GCUAAAGACGAGACGGCCGGAUACCUACAGAUCAAUACUUUGCAAUCACCAGAUAACACAUGCCAGCUGCAUCACAUGGAGAGCUUUGACGACGUGGCUCUUUCAGCCAAUGCCUCAUCCGAGACCGUCGCGCUAGACGAGCAGUCAGGUGGACAGCCGCAGCACGCCGAAGACACCGAGAUCAAAAGGAGUUCAUGCGAUAAUGCCAUUCUGAAUGGGAAAAGCGAGAAGACAGGCCACGACGGCCCGAACGGCUCGCAGCAAGACGUACCACGGCCCCAACGGGAAGCCAAUGAAGCCGACGAUACCCCGCCCGCGUUCCCGCAGCUCCAGUUCCAGCGGCGAAAUUCCACAGACAUGCCCAUAUUCGACGGAGAUGGAGACGGUGGGGAUGAAGAACCGAAUGUUGCAAAGUCGUUUGAGCGGUCAUCUUCGCCCAAUGCCGCGACGCUCCGAAGCCGAGAGGGUGGCGAUGAGCGGCCAUGCGACGAUGGGAUUUCGAGGAUGCACAAAUUUUCCCUAUACGAGACAUCGACGCGAUACUAUAUGGUUGGAAUGGAUCUCAUCGAUAAACGAUUCCGGAUCUUGAAAAUUGAUCGCACGUCUGAAUCAGACGACCUCACUAUUUCAGAGGACGAUACUGUGUAUACCAAAAGAGAGAUGAACCAGCUGCUGGACGCUGUGGAUGAUGGAAAUAAGAGCUCUGGGGGUUUGAAGCUACGUUGCAGCGCGUGGGGGCUUCUUGGGUUUAUAAAAUUCACGGGAACGUAUUACAUGCUGCUUGUGACGAAACGCAGUCAAGUUGCCAUGAUUGGCGGACAUUAUAUUUACCAGAUUGAUGAUACUGAGUUGGUUCCGCUCAGCUCUUCCAGCUCCAGCAAAACAAAAUCCGAAAAGCAUGCAGAGGAGACAAGGUUCAUCAACAUCAUGAAUAAUGUUGACCUGACGCGUUCUUUCUACUUCAGCUACUCUUACAACAUUACGCAAACGUUGCAGCGGAAUAUCGCAUCCGAAAGAGAAGCUCUCGAGAAGGGUCAGCCGGGCGCCAACAGCCAUAAUCUCAACUCCAUGUUUGUGUGGAACCACUACCUCUUGAUGCCGGUUGUUGGCUCAUUGAAAAAUGCGUACGACUGGUGUCUGCCCAUUAUCCAUGGCUACGUGGAACAAACAUCGAUGUCUGUCUACGGCAGACUAGUAUUUAUCACACUCAUCGCCCGGCGAUCCAGAUUCUUCGCUGGAGCGCGAUUUCUCAAGCGCGGCGCCAACGAUCUUGGCUAUGUAGCCAACGACGUGGAAACAGAACAAAUAGUCGCCGAAAUGCUAACUACUUCAUUUCAUGCUCCUGGGCCAAAGCUUUAUUGCAACCCACAUUAUACGUCCUAUGUCCAACAUCGUGGAAGUAUCCCUCUUUACUGGACCCAGGACAACACCGGAGUUAGUCCAAAGCCAGACAUUGAGAUCAACCUUGUCGAUCCGUUUUAUUCUGCUGCUGCCCUCCAUUUUAACAAUCUAUUCGAGCGGUAUGGUACGCCUGUUUACGUCUUAAAUCUCAUAAAAUCGCGGGAACGGAUGCCUAGAGAAUCGAAACUGCUGGUAGAAUACACCAAUGCAAUUAACUAUCUCAAUCAGUUCCUUCCCGAAGACAAAAAGAUUAUCUACAAAGCAUGGGAUAUGAGCCGUGCCUCUAAAAGCCGUGACCAAGACGUUAUUGGAACGCUAGAAGAUAUUGCCCAGGAUAUCAUCCCGCGAACCGGAUUUUUCCAGAACGGCGAGAAUGGUGAGGCUGGUUUGAAAAUGCAGAAUGGCGUUGCCCGGACCAAUUGCAUUGACUGUCUCGAUCGAACUAAUGCAGCCCAGUUUGUUAUUGCCAAACGGGCGCUGGGACAUCAGUUGUAUGCUUUAGGGAUUAUUGACCGGACCACCGUUGAUUACGACACAGAUGCCAUCAAUAUGUUCACGAACAUGUGGCAUGCUCAUGGCGAUACCAUCGCCGUGCAAUACGGGGGUUCCCAUCUCGUCAACACGAUGGCGACGUACCGAAAACUCAAUCAGUGGGCCGGCCACUCAAGAGACAUGGUUGAAAGCUUUAAGCGCUUCUAUAACAACUCGUUCCUUGAUGCUCAAAGGCAGGAGGCCUAUAACCUGUUUCUAGGAAAUUACGUGUUUUCUCAGGAUCAGCCGAUGCUCUGGGAUCUAGAGACUGAUUAUUACCUCCAUCACUCGGAUCCGCGGUCAUGGGCGGAGGCUAACAGACACAAUUACGUCAAUUGGUACACACCAGCCUUCUUGAAGGAACGGCAAAUGCCCCUAGCUGUAUGGCCCAAAGGAAUAUCUAAGGCUCCUGUCCGGGCCUUCGAUGAUUACUGGCUGGAAUAUUAUAGACCCUUAGCAGUGUCCUCAUUCUCAAAGGUGUUUGCAUUCAAAAUGAAGUCUACCCUUCACAACCUUCCAUUCCGAUCUACCCAGCAAGGCCAAUAUGAUCUAAGCCCCUUCGUCGUCCGAGCAGACCAUGAAACAGAACCUCGUGAAAAGAAGACCCCGCGAAAAAAGGUUCUCGUCAUUCAGGAACCCUUCGAGACUCUAAACGGAGACUCUCGUUCUAUCAACUCAAGUAAGGGACGCCUGCCUCCAUCGGAACCCCUUCGUCUUUGGCUCCAGCAAUCCGCAGCUUCAGAAAACAGAUCGUCCAGUCAAAGCAGUAUUCUCAAACCGCAACACCUCCCGCCGCCCCUGAUGACUAGCAACUCAGACCUGCUUACACCCAAGUCACAAUCGAACCAAUACAGUCUCGGGCAGCUUGUUACGGAAUCACUAAAUCCAACCAUUUCCGCAUCCGAAGCAGAAGAAUACGAACGAUACAUAAACCAUCCCCUCAAAGUUCCCUUGGUUGUGACGUCCGAGUCACCAAUCAAAGAGGCUACGAAUAAUAAAGACUUUGAUUUAGUCGAAUACGCGAAUAAAGUUUCACUGCAAGAUCCGGCUCUUGAUGCGUCGGCCGAGGAUAAUCUGGCAGAUUAUAUAGAGUUCUUAAAUGUGGGAGAGGAAGGUCUGACGGUUAUAAGGGAGGAUUACGGCAAGAAGAGAUACAAGAGGUAUAGGCAGUGGCUAAGGGGAAAAAGUUUAUUCAAGCAGGGGAUUGAUCUAUAG